CCGCGCGGAACCAGCUCCCCGGGCUGCACGGGUGGUGGGCGAGCGGCAAGCGGGCUUCCGCGAGCCCGAGGAGGCGCAGGCCUGUCCCGGGUGCCGCAGGUCUGCGUGUCUGUCGUUCCCAGCACUCUGCGAGGCCUGAGAAGGAGGAGCAACCUGUGCACAAUCCCCACAGGACAGGAAAAAGAGGGGAAAUCUCAACAUGGAAAAACCCCACAACAAAAAUGAAGGGAAACGGGAAAACGAGGGAAACCCAGAAGAUGAAGUAGAGCCUGAAGAUGAAGGAAAGUCAGACGAGGAAGAAAAGCCGGACGUGGAAGGGAAGUCAAAAUAUGAGGGAAAGCUAGAGGAUAAGGGAAAGCCACAUGAUGAGGGACAACGGGAAGAUGAGGGAAAGCAAGCAAAGCAGGGAAAGUCCGAAGGUGAGGGCAAGCCAGAAUCCCAGGCAAAGCCAGAGAGCCAGCCGCAGACCGCGGAAAAGCGCCCAGCUGAGGAUUAUGUGCCCCGGAAAGCAAAGAGAAAAACGGACAGGGGGACGACGGACGAUUCUCCCAGGAACUCUCAGGAGGACUUACAGGAAAGGCAUUUGAGCAGUGAGGAGAUGAUGAGAGAAUGUGGAGAUGUGUCAAGGGCCCAGGAGGAGCUAAGGAAAAAGCAGAAAAUGAGUGGUUUUCAUUGGAUGCAGAGAGAUGUACAGGAUCCAUUCUCCCCAAGGGGCCAAAGGGGCGUCAGGGGAGUGAGGGGUGGAGGUAGGGCCCAGAGGGGCUUACAUGAUAUUCCAUACAUUUAACGCCUUUGGCCUUCAAUUCUGCCUUCUCUGAUGAGAAUAUUGCUGGCCCUGCUUUCCCUGGUAGGUAUUUAUUUGCCAGGCUCUGUGCUUUAACCUUAAGCUGAUAAUUUGCUUUAGAUGUCACUCUCGUUACCAGCAGCCUUUUGAUCCAACUAUGCUCUGUCUUUUAGUAGAGGAUUUUCACCUGUGUGCAUGGAAGAAUGUUCAUAGUACAUUGUAAAAUAACAAUAAAGAAAAAAACAGUUUGCAGAACC